CCCACGCCCCGGGAGUGCCCACUCCUGCCCCAGUGCCGCUGGUGGACAGGCCCCGUCCUCGUGGACAGUACAGUGACAGGUGUUACACUCUGCAAGUGACAGUUGGCAGUGUUAGGUAGUGAGCCCAUCACAUCCACUUGGAUAUACUUCGCUACUGUGAGUGACUCAACACACACUUAAGUGUGUGUUGAGAGCAGGACCAGUCCAUUGUAGUGGAGGGGAGGACACGACGCAUGUGUUGAGUGCAGGACCAGUCCAUUAUAGAGGAGGGGAGGACACGACGCCUGUGUUGAGUGCUGGACCAGUCCAUUACAGAGGAGGGGAGGACACGACGCAUGUGUUGAGUACAGGACCAGUCCAUUAUAGUGGAGGGGAGGACACGACGCCUGUGCUGAGUGCAGGACCAGUCCAUUGUAGAGGAGGGGAGGACACGACGCCAGGAUGAAGGUGGUGUUGGUGGUCCUCAUGAUGGUCGCCAUCACCCAUGCAGAUGAUGGUGACCCGGUGUGCUCAGUGUACACCUGUAGCAACACUGGCGGGGGAGGACUGGACCUGCAGUACGAGCCGGGGAUGCAGUACCAGUACCUCUUCGAGGGAAGUGUGAAUAGCAAGGCACUGGUGACUGGCAGUGAAGACUCGCGCAUGGCUCUCACUGCUAAUGUCGUCAUCACUGCAAACACUCGGUGCGACCUCAAGAUGCAGAUAACAAACUUGGCCGUUGAAGAUGUUACUGAUGAAGACACUCAGUGGUUUAGGGAAGCUGUCGAGCAGUAUGAUCUUCACUUCAGCUACCAAGAUGGAAGGGUAGCACAUCUCUGCCCUCACCAGGAUGAAGACGUUAUUGCUCUAAAUUUUAAGCGUGGAAUUCUCUCUGCUCUUCAAGUGACAAUAACUAAUGUUGCAGACAAGGAAGAGGUUGUUGUUGAUGAGGGUGAUGUGUCUGGGACAUGCAAGACUCUGUAUUCUGUGAGCAACCAGAAUGAUCUGAUUGUUACCAAAAUCAAAGAAAAUUGUCGUUCAAAUGGCUUCCUUCCCUACGUCCCCCACUCUCACUAUACUACAGGUGACUCAAGUAUACAACUGCCUUUCUUCAGACGCAACCAGACAUGCCAGAUGCAUCAGCGUGCGGGCGUGUGGGAGCAAGUUACCUGUCUAGAGGAGAUCAGAGUGGACGGCGCCACCACCGCCGCCCACCGUAGCCACCUCGCGCUCGCCAAUGUCUACGUCAAAUCUAGUCUCAGUCUGCAAGCUGGACCAGUGCCAUCACAAGGAAACUUUUCACAGUAUGGUUAUCUACAGACAAGAGAACCACUCCUCAUGGAUCUUAAGGGAGCUUUCCACUCUGACAGGUCUAGGAAAUUCCCGGAGGCUGAUCUUAGAGAACAGAUUGAUUCAGCACUAGAAAGUCUUUCUGAAUCGAUGACAGAGAAUUUAGAGUUGGAGUUGCAGCGGCCUCAUGCAUUCUCUCAUCUUGUUAACCUCUUGGGCCACAUCCAACUGGAGGAGGACCUGGAGAGUGUCUGGGACACAUACAGUGCUAAGGAAGGCUACAGAGAGUUCUUGCUGGAUGCGGUGAUGCUGUGUGAGAGUAGUCAAUGCGUUCAACUUGUAGUGCACCUUGCUACCCAUGACGACUCUGGUGUAUUGUUGCCUCGUGUCAUCAACUGGCUCACAGGCUUGCACUUCCACGCUAACCCUCACCCACAAGCAAUUACUUACAUUAUGGAACUGGCGCAGUCGAAGAAGGGUGUAGUUAACCAAGCAGUGAUGGCAGCUUCCACCAUGGUCUACAAAGUGUGUCAACAAGAACCUCAAAAUUGUCAAGACUAUGCACAGCCCCUUGUGGAGUAUGUGGAGGAGCAGGUGGGAGACACGUGUGGACAUGGCGCGAGUCAGAGACAAGGAGAGCACAUCAAGCUACUGCUCAGGGCCCUGGGCAAUGCAGGAGUCUUGCCACAUGGUCACUUUCCUGAGACUUGUUACAAGAACAGACUGUUGGCGCCAGAGGUGCGAGUCGCUGCUCUCCAGAGCUACAGACGUAUUGGCUGUCCUCCUCGCUCUGCGGCUCCCUGGAAGAUUCUGGAGGAUGGGAGCGAGAAGGUCGAUGUCCGGAUAGCAGCUUACCUUUCACUCGUCCCGUGUGCCCUCAACACUCCUGGCUUCUUCACCAGGAUAAAUUAUCUUCUAGAACGAGAAGAUAUAAAUCAAGUUGGGUCGUAUAUUUGGACACAUGUGCAUAACUUGGUUGAAAAUCCCGGACCAAGUGAUUACGACCAACGGUUAGCCAAGUUGGCGGCUCAACACACUCUUCCUGACAAGUUCAGCAUUAACACAUUCCGCUCUUCUCAGAACUACCGAUAUGCUCAGUUCAGUGAGACUUUGAACCUUGGUGGGAGUGUUGCCAGUGACGUCAUCUUUACUCCGGACUCGUAUAUACCUCGUAAAGUGUCUCUCAACCUCACUCUUGAUGUUCUUGAUAAGUCCUUAAAUGUCCUCGAGUUUGGCGGAGACUUCAGUCGCAUGGAAGACAUCAUAGAAAGAUUUUUUAGCAAUGACGGAUAUUUUGAAAACGAAGAAAUUUUGAAUGUUUUGCAGACUUUUAGGCCAAAGAGAAAUAUUAUUCGUAAUGACAAGAUUCAAGAAUUUCAGAAAUUAUAUGACGAGGAACAAACGGCCGCUGAGGUGCCUGAGCUCAGUGAGGAGGAGCCUAAGGCCUCCGUGUAUCUUAGAGUGUUUGGUAAUGAGAUUAUAUACUCUGAGAAUCUUCUCAAAACAAACCCAAUGCGAUUCCUUCAUCAACUUGUCCAGCAGUUUUCAACCCCUAGAUCUUUUCAGGUUAUGGAUCAGGAAUAUAUGAGCACAACUCUUCUUGGGUUUCCCCUCAAGUUGAGACUCAAUGCUACUGGUUCAGUCACCUUUAACCGCAAGGAAACGUUCCAGAGAAGAGGUACCCAAGGUGUGCUCCUGGAAGGCAGAGUUGCACCAUCGGCGGUAGUAGCAGUAGAUGAAACACUCAUAGUAGACGGGUACGGUUCUUCUAGUGGCAUCAGAAGAACAACAACUCAGAUUGCCCGUACUAAUUUUGGAGGCAAAAUUGCUAUUGAAAAUGGCCAGAUUGCUGAAGCACAAAUUGAUAUUCCUAAAUCUGAACUUACGAGGUUGAGAUCAUCAGUAGAAGUGGCACUUUUCAGAACUAAGAUAAAUGGCUGGGAAACACAAAGAGCUAGAGUUUCAGCAUCAAAUACACGGUGUUGGUCAGAGAGCCUCACCAACGCUCUUGGUGUGAGGGCGUGCAGCACCCUCGCUAACAGUGUACACAGCCCUAACGGAGAGUCUUAUACUGGUGAACCGUAUGUUAACGAUUUUGUGGUAGCUAAGACUGACACAUUUAACUAUUACAAAUUAUAUAUAAAAAAGCAAGAAAAUGUCCUUGAGGCUAUUUUUGACACCCCAGGCUCUUCCAUUGAUCGAAAAGUUAACUUCUUGUUUAAUGUAAGACCUAAUAAUGCUGGAGGCUACAUAGCUAUUAGAGGAAUGGGCUUUGGCAUUGAAGGACAGUAUGAAAAUACUGAAAUAUCUAAAAAGAUUGCCCUUCAGUAUUUAGAAAAGUCUAAGGUUGCUGGGGAACUUGAAGUAUCACUUCAGAAACAAGAGGAAGGAGCUUCACGAACAUUUAUCCCGGAGAUGUUGCUUACUCUUGGUUCUGAUGUCUUUACACUGGGAGGACGUCUGACGUGUAACCACCAACAAGGACAGGAGGAAGGCGUUAAAGUUAAUUGGGAACUGUCAGGAAACUGGCAAAGGAAGAAGGAGGUCGAGGUGUUUUCUUCGACUUCAGGGAACUUGAUAGCAAACCCUGACAAGACACAACUUCAAGUUGGUUGUACGUACGGCAGUGACUAUGCUCACCCACACAUGCUCGUCCUGGCGUUUGACUCGUCCAAAAUGAUGGAACAGGGACAGGAAAAAUAUAAAGGCUAUAUAUUGCUCGAGUCAACACAAGCUGAAACCGACAUCAAGUUAGACUUCGAGCACCAGCCGGGGCGUGUUGAGGUCAACGCCAACAUCACAGUCCAGACAGUGCAGGUUGCAUCUGAAGUAAUACUGAAGAACAUUGUGACGGGAGAUGACAGAGACUUGCAGCUCAAAGUUAAUUUCGUCAACCAACACCUGAAUACGAGUUACUUUGGCAAUGCUGUCUAUAAGGUAUCAGAAAACGCCUUUCAUGGUGAAGCAGAGCUCAUGCUUGACUCACUGAUCCAGUCCAAGUUGGCAGCGACGUACCUGCUGGAGAGGGAGCCCCUGCACCUCCUGGCCGGGCUACGCUUCCAAUAUAGUGACUACAUUUUAGAAGUUGAGCACAACAUUGACUUUAGUGAACCUGAUUAUGCUAUUAUUACAAUGAGUGGUGCUAUAGGAGCGGCAGUUGGGGCGUUGAGACUGGAGGCGGACUACAGGGAGGACCAGCCCAUCACCGCCACACUGGAGGCCUACGGUGGCCUGGAGGGGCGCCAGGCGGGGGCCUCACUCUCCCUCACUGCUGACCAUGCCUGGCAAACGUUCAAUGUCAGAAGUAAUUUGAGGUGGUUUGAGCAGUCAUACACCACAGAGCACAAAGCUGUCUUUGAUGCGGGCAAGACUCUUCUAUAUAUCAAUUUUGACAACAGUACAACCCUGGAAGCAAUUGUUGAAACGUCUCCAAACUUCCUUGUGUUGUUAUCUGUGUGGGACCAGGGUGGUGAGGACCCCGCCUAUCAGUUUAAGGUGGGAAAGCAUGUAUUUUCUGAGCGCACCAAGUUUGAGGCGACCAUCAGAACUGGUGAAGACCAUCUCUUCCAAACUGUGCUACUAACCGACAGGGGGAAUACCUUUAUUUGGAGCCUCCGGCUGUUAGAGAGUGAGGCCAGUAUUAAUGGAGAAUACAGACGUCCCAGCACAUCAGUGUUUGAAGGAUCAGCUCAGGCAAGGGUCAUGUUACCCUCCGGCCAAACCUUCUCCUCAAACUUGAGCCUCACACACAUCAACGAUGGAUCCCUCCACAGUGUAGCGGUUUUACUUGAAAAAGAUCAGGAUAUCAUUGAGGGACAUUUGACACUUGUAAAUCGUGGUGGCUGGUUCCAGGAGGAUGUAACAAGCUUUAAUCUCACCCUAACAACACCAUUCAGUCAGCUGCAAAAUUUUUCAUUAUUGCUGGAAAAGCAUAGCGACACUACGAUGGCUAACUUUGCUGAAAUUAAAUUAGAUGAUUUUAAGAUACGCGGUGAAGCCCGGUUAGGUGGCCCAGCUGACUUUGAGAUUAAGGUGUUAUAUGAGGAUGGAGAUACAUGUGAUUCCUACAUUCAUAUAUAUCACAUACAUGAUAACCAACACUCUGUGAGUGGAGCAAGUCUGGCAUUAACGGAGCUUCACAGACCGUGGGAAGUGACAGCAAACACCACAAUGGACUUUUCUGGUUGGGAACAAUUAUUUAAUAUUGAAUUAAGUUUCGAAUCUCCAAUGUUAGCAGCUCCACUCCAAUUACAUGGGACUUAUAAUAUGUCGGAGGAUCAUUUGGGCUUUGAAAUUCAGGGGGGAAUGGAAGAAAAAGUAUUGGUUUUAUUUUUAGGCAAGAGAGAGGAAUCUCCGCAUUUACAGAAACUUUAUGGUCUUGCUAGUUUUGACACUCCAUGGACUGCACCGACAAUUAUGAAUGUAACAUUGGACCAAGCUACGGAUAGUUUUGGCAUUCUUAUUGACUUCCAGUCAACUUGGGAAUGGUUAGCAGAAUUUAGUACAAACUUUUCAUCAGCAGAAGACACACAAGCUCACUUAUACCUUACACACAGUGCACUUCAGAUUACGCUGGACCUCACUCAAAAUUUUUCAUUGAGUGGCUUCAGACAACAAGUGGAAGGUUCUGUGAACACAUUAACAAUAACAUCUGUUAUAGAUGCUGAUUUGGAUGAAAAUUUAGUCCCUUUAGAUAUUAAUGGGCGUCUCUCUCUCCUUAACUUGAUGGAUCAUAAUCUUGAUUUAACAUUUUCUCACACAAGAAAACCCAAACCACAAAUAACACAAAUAUCACUAGCUUGGGAUGACCAGAUUUUCUCGGUGGAUCACACUCUUGAUAUGGAACACUACCUUCAGUGGUCAAGCUUAUUGCAAAUAAUUCAACCAGGUAACGGAGAUAUUAUUGAAAGUAAAAUCUCUCUACAUACAGAAAGUGAUAUAGCUUUUGUGAACUCAAGCUUCCAAUUACGUUCCCCUUGGAGUGAAGACUUUAAAGCCCAAUUUGUAGUACAAGGAAAUAGUACUGUGAUGGACUACACGUUUGAUAUAUCAUAUGGAAAUGCUUCAGUAUUGACAUUGAUGGUUGUAUCCACGGAGGAUGUUAAUUGGUACCAGUCUGAUCUUGUGCUUGGGGUGACUUCUUCUUAUUUUAAUGACGCCGAGAUAAAAUGGAAACAUAAUUUAGAUACAGGACAUUUAGUGAGUGUUGAAGUGAGCUAUGGGUCUGACUUUAAUGUGCAAGGUACAAGUCACUUGAUAUUCAGUCAACAAUGGCUUGAGCAAGAAUUUAUUUCAUAUGAUUUCCUUUCUAGUUUAAAUAUCACUGACCUGGAUGUGAAUUUUAAGGUCCUAUUCAAAAUAGAUUCUCAGUAUAAUGGGAAAUUUGAAGGGAUGUGGAGCGACUAUUGUGUGUCCGUUGCAUCAGCUGUUAACGACGGCAUCAUCUUCAGUGCAAAAAUAAAUGAUUCUGAAGCAGUAUUUCAAUCUGAAAUACAGUAUGAGAAAGGAAAUGGAGACUUACCAAACUUGCAAAUAAAUUUUGCAAAAAAUGGACAUGAUAUAUAUUUAUUCAAGAUAGUUUCUGAUGCUGUUUAUCCAAAAGUAGAUAACAUUUUCUCUUUGGAAAUAUUUAGUGGACACAAUGACACCUCACAGACUGCUCAGCUCAGAGUAACGGCUGAUAUGACUGACAUAGCCAGAUAUGCUCUUAAAGGAAAAGUCGAAGUAAAAUCAGACAUAGAUAUUUUUGAAGGUUUUGGGGGUAGCGUGGAGGUUAAUGCUAGAUUCAACAGUAUGUUGUCAUGGAAUGGUCAUGUGAGUGGCCUGUUGGACAGUAGCUACUGGCACUAUAGAGGAGAUAUGAAUGGUUCCCUAGAACUGAGUCAGGAAUUCAGUAUGGAAUAUGGAAUUCUAUAUGAAGCAACACAUGAAAAUAAAACUUUUGAUAGAAAAGAGAUGAGUCUUGCAAUGAAUGUGACUGAUGAGAUUUUGCAAAUGAAAUUUACAGUCUCUCCAGAUCACGUCACUCCUCAUUGGUCUUUCCAUGUUUAUUACAAUAAGAGUUUGGGAGACCUUAGAGUACUUGUUUGGCCUGGUGAUCCCCAAAAGUAUGAAAUAUCAUGUCGGCUGUCAAGUAAGACAUUUACUAUAAGUGCUCAUAGUACUCAUGAAGAUGGGUCAAAAGUACAGUAUCUUAAAGGAAAUAUUAACUGGAUCAUAAGACAAGUAAAGCACUUGAUUUCGAUUAAUAUGGACUCGGACAUAAAUUACAUUUCCAAAAUUACUGGACAGUUGAUAAUUCAACACAAGCGUGAUUUGGCUGUGACCGCAAAAUUAACAGUUAACCAGCAAAAUUUUGCUGGAACCAUGAGAUAUACUUCACAUGCACUCAACUCCCCGAACAGAUUAAAUAUCAAAAUAGAGAAUGACAUUAUAAUGAAUUUUAAAACGGAUAUUGAUUUUGAUUUUUCAGUGAAGCCAGAAGGUUUUACAAUUGACUUGUCAGUUGAUAUGAAUGAAGAUGAGGGCUGGCUGGAAGGUAACUUAAAACUUGGCGUUCCAGAAUCCCACCUUCACCUCAAAAUGCCCAUUACUGACUGGGAAACCUUUAACUUGACUGUUAAUGUUCAAACAGAUGACGUGUAUGGUUUUACAAUACUUCUACAAGUGCCUCAGAUGUGCUUCAAUGUCACAAGUGCUGUGGAUAAAUCAUACUUAUCAGCGGUACUGAGCAUAAAUAUGCAAUUAAAUUAUAUCGAAGAGGCAAUAUUUGACUUUUGUUGUAAAUUCAGUGUUGAUAAGAACAAAUAUCAUGCCUAUUGCAACUUAACUGUUCAAGACCUUGGCGUGAUCUUUAAGUUUAACUGUACAGGUCAUUUGAAAUGGGAUGAACUUGAAGUUAAGCUUGAAAGUGAGCUGUACCCUCAAGUUUUAGUUGACGUAGGACUUUUAGCAGAAAAGAAAGACCACAUAAACGUGAGGCUACAUGUGUACGAACCUUCGUCUAAUACAACUUACCUCCUCUAUAGGAACUUCUUCUCUCCAAAUAAAACUGAACUUUUCUUUGGGUUGGAAAAGGAUAAUUUCGUCUCACUCGUAGCUGACUAUAACAUUCAGAGAGAAAACACAACGAUAGAUGUUACUUUCUCAUUUUCAUAUUAUGGAUUUGUUUUGAAUCUGGGAUUAGGAAUCAAUGCACGUAUUAUGCCUGAUUCUGGAAAUGUGGAAGUGCACUUCACAUCUGACUCAGAGAUUGUUCGUUCUACUUUCUCAGUUGCUUAUAUAAACAAGGAUGAAAUGAAAGAAGGAACUUUCAAUUUGACAACUACAUAUGGAGAUGUUAGGGGUGAACUUAAAUUAAUAAUGAAUGAAAAAUUAUUUUCAUUUGUAUCUAAUAUAAGAUCAGACCUUCACUCUUUCCAAAAAUACCACUUUGAAUUUAUUCAUAAAACAGAAGGACCAAUUCAAAAUAUUAAGAUUCUGAGUGCCCAAGAUGACAUUGAGUUUCAGAUUAAUGGCUUAGUAAACAUGACGAAUGAUGAAAUAGAGGUAAAGCUAACCUUAUCAACUUCAUUCGAAAAAUACGAGAUAUUUGAUUUAGAGUUCAGUCAGCCUGUACAUGAAAGUUCUUACAAAGCAAAGUUUACAAUUAAAUCAUUUGGGAAGGAGUAUGCCAUUGACACACGACACAGUCAUCAUGAAUCUUGGGAAAGUCAAAUGACUGAAAUCACUCUCACUUUCCCUCUGCUUGAACACGAUAAGUUAUCGUUAGUUGUGAUGUACGACGCUCUAGCUGGUGAGGGAUCAGCUGUUCUUAGUACCCCUCAGGGUCAACUAGGGUUAGAGGGAACGUGGCAGUAUUUAGAGAGCAAUGUUGCUCUAUCACUGACGUCUCAUUUGACAUAUUUCGACUUAGGGAAGUACACUUUGACACUUGAUAUUUCCCCGGAGGUGUCCCAGGGAGGGGAGCUCUGCCUCUCACACCGCCACGCCGCUCUCGAUUUUGACACUAAAAUUAAAUUUAGUGAAUAUUUUAGAAAUGGGAACAUUAGUUUUAACUUUAACUCAGAACCUAAAUUUCGUAAUAUAACUUAUGGUAUCGGGUAUGAAUUUCAGAACUCGCUCAAGAUAGACGGGCAAUUUGAUGACAGGAAAGUGACGGCAAAGCUGUCACUUGACGGACAUCAUAACCCUGCGUUGUUAGGAAGUUUUGAAAUUGAGACAAAUUUCAAAGGUUAUGAAUCCAUUGACGGCUCAUGGAACAUAGAAUUAAGAGAUGAGGUAUACUCAGCUCAAGUGAAUAUUGACAUAGCGCAACAAGGGAGUGUGGCAGUGAACGGUGCCAUCGACACCCAGCCAGAAGGCGCUUCAGUGCCCUGGGACAGUGUAAAGCUCACCAUACACUUUGAAUCCCCCUUCACACUAACCCACCAUCUACAGGCAGAGUAUGACUUGAGCACAUUAAGUGUGGCAACAUACUACCAGUAUGGCCUAGAUACAUUCCAAAUUCAGUGGAGUUCAGAUUUCAGAAGUAAGAUGGCAACAGUAUUAUUCAGCGGCAAUAUUCCCGUACAAGGAAUUUCAUCGUUCAGUGUUAAUUUCAAAUAUGAUUUCACAAAGUCCUACACUUCCAGUUUCACAAUAAAAAUUGAGGAGACAACUCUUCAGUCAAGCUUUGAAUUUUCUCCUAACUGGAAAGUUGGGUCCAUAAUGGCGUCACUGACCUCGCCCUUUGUUAAGCCCGUGAUGAUGCUAGUAAAGUGGUCGUGUGUAGGGAGCCCCAUCAGCCUGCGGGCCACAUAUGACGUGGGGAAGCACUCAGGGGAGCUCAAGACAACGCUGGAGUAUGGGAGAAACUCUGCUCACGGUGUUUUCCAAGUAACAACAUCGUUUGAAGAGGCAUCCAAAUUUAAUAUUGAAUUUUUAUAUGAUAUAUCAGAUAAUGGAAAGUGGGAGGCUGCCAUUGUUGCAAAUAUAAAUCGACACACGUUGAACUUAAAAACUAGUCUGAUAAUCAAUGAACCCAAAUUUAUUGUAAAAUUUUCUGGAUUUAUGGAGUUAUUUGGAAUAAAUGCUUCUGUUGAGAUAGACGUUGGGAUAUACGAAGGCAUUUAUAAGGGGAGCGUAUCAGGCAAGAUUCUUGGGUAUGAAAAAUUCCGUAUCAGCUUUUUAUUAGAUUUAUAUCAAUUUUAUUGCAAUAUUAAAUACAAGAUGAAAGAAGUUUUCACUGUAAAUGCUAACUAUUACCAAACUAACAUACAGCUCGAUGUGGAUGACUAUUGGCAUUUCAACUUGUCGACGCAUCACAAAACAAUUAAAAAUGGGCAUCAUUUUGAUGUUUCAUUUAAUGGAUUUGACUUGGAGUCAGUGAUGCUUCAAGCUAACUACACACGCAAACGUAAUCAUCAGCUUUUCUUAUCAUUAAGCAGUCCAGCAUUGCCACCAAUAAGUAUACAUGUCACUUAUUCAAGUUUUAAAGAUAAUCAAGUUGAUGCAAAAGUUACAGUUGGAAAGGAGAUCUACCAUUUAGUUGGGAGAGCAGAGGUGGAACGAAAACAGUCUAGUUUUGAAAUCAAAUUUGACUCCCCAGAAGACCCCAACAAUCCCUUUAUUUUUAAAGCCAUGUAUGAUUUUAAAAAAUUCCUUCGAGGUAAGAUGAAUUCAGCAAUGGAUUUAGCCUCCGUCACUUUGGAGUGGGGAAAGCAGCUACAUGUUAAUGUGUCAGGGAUGAGGAAUGACAGCCAAGUUAAGAUGAACCUCACAGUAAUGACGCCAUUCACAGUCCUUCCUAAGCUUCUCCUAGGUUUUGAUAGUGAAUUUUCAUUUAAGAAAGCUUAUGUCGAACUAAAAUGUUCAGGUUUCAUUGAAUUGUCUCAACGUAUCACUGCUUCUGGAUUUUUCAAGCUCGAGGAAGAGGAAGUGGAUCUGACGUGGGCAUUAACGAUGCCUUAUAUAGAGGUUGAGAAUCUCACUUUAUCUCUCCAGCUGAAGCCAGGUCGCAUGGAAGCAAACUUAUUAUUGAAUAAUGACGCAUGGAAGGCGAUAAUAGAUUAUGAAUUAUUUAAAACCUAUUCAAUUGUUAUUUCGGUUGAAACACCAGUUACUAACUUUGAGAAGCUGUCACUAACCACGCGUGCAGAGACGGAGAACGAUCAGUUCAUGGUUCAGAUAGAGCUAAAAUGGCCGAAGGCUCAAACUCUGUUAAUUCGUGCAGAAGUUGAGACGCUGAACAUAAGGAUUACCUUUUUAACUCCAUGGGAACAACUUCGAAGUGGCUUCUUCAGUGCAUCGUUAGAAACUGACGAUGAAAAUCAAAACUAUUCAAGUGUCCUCAAGUGGGAUAAGAGAAACAUUAAGAUGUUGUUAACAGUGUCACCGGGCGAACUGCAGUUUGUUAGCCAAUAUUAUGUGGAUAAUACUGUAAUUGGUCUUGUUAGAUUUGAAAGUGCCUUAGAAAGCAGAGAAUUUAAAUCAUCAUUACAAAUCCAGACUCCCUAUGCCUUCAUAAGAUCAUUAGAGACAACAUUACAUCUUCAAAAUCAAGGCUUUUUAGCUAAGAUGGUGAUCAACGACGUGACAAGCCAUGUAGAAGGUUUGUAUUCCAGAAAAGAAUGUAAAUUUACAGCAAUUUUGCCAAUUUUAGGAAAUUUCAAAUGGACACUUGACGCUAAAAAUUAUUGGACAAAAAUAGAUACAAGAGUUCGUUUAAGUGUUGGUGAAAGAUCUGAGCCAUUUAGUGCGGCCUUCAGCUACGAGGUGACGGGGCCGGCACUCCACGGGGUGCUGGAGGUCGGGUCCGGGAGACAAUGGUUAUCUGUUGAUGUAAAGUACGACGACGAUACGUGGAGUUUGAUCCUCACUGUUAUGGACACCCUGUUGGAGAUAAGUGUUACGAAUCCUAGUGAUGGGGCAUCAAAUUUGAAUUUAACACUUGAAUCACCAAAUUUGAAUUUAAAGUUAUUGAAGUUGAAUGUGACAGCCAAGUAUGAGGGACAUUUGGAGUUCAUUGAUGGCUCGUUGUCAAUAUCAGUUAAGACAGCAAACAAAAAACUUUUUAAAUAUAACAUAAACUUUGGAGCUAGUAUUAUUGAUGAUCAAUUACUUGUGAACUUUGAAUUUCAAGGUGAUCGAAUUACUGAACCUUAUAAAAUCACUGGUGUACUCCCUAUAGCCAAUAUAUUUUUUGAAGAAGUAAAUAUAGAGUUUAAUAUAAACCAGGGAGAAGAGGAGCUGUAUAAAUUACGUUAUGAAACAGUAUUUCCAGAUUCAGUGUCAUCUAGGAGACUCUUGGAGGUCGAGUCUUCGGGGAGAGUCUCCAGACUCCAAGUCGAUUUAAGUGACAGUUCUUUGGGAGUUUCCCUCUCGUACCCGGACUCGUCAACACAACACACAUUACUCUUAAACGUAAAUGACGACGUUAGUUUUGAGAACUUCAUGCUUCAUGGUGAAUUACAUUCACCGUACCUGAUAGAUGGCCCAUUAAAAAUGCAUUUACAUUUUGUCGUUCAAGACCAAUUCCAUGGAAUACUUAACUGCAUUCUUUCUCAUGGCACUGCAAAUAUCACUGUCAGCGGAGAGUUCCGAUAUAACAGAAAACAGCAUGAGAUUACCACUAAAUUCCUGGUAACCUCUGGAGUUACUUUCAUAUAUUCUAUAGAAGCAAAACUUCAGUGGAAUAGGGAUAUCACUGCGUUUGUCAUUCUAAAUAUUUUGGGUAAUGAACACAGUUUCAAACUGCAUUUAGAUAUGAAUGACUACAGUUUAGAGAUGAUUAGUAAAUCUACUUGGCUGCCAGUAGAGGAAAUCAUCUUUUCAGGUAAAUUAAACCAUGACAUUGAACUUUCAAAUAUAAAUUACGAAGGUAAAUUGAUUACAGAGAACAUGGAGAUCAUUAUAGAUGCAGCAUUUAAAAAGGAAAAUUUUAAUCAUAUUAAUUCAUACAUCAUUGUGAAGAUAAAUAAAGAAGAAGUUUUUACAUUGUCUGGAGUGUUUUAUGCUGAUAAAAAUAGGUUUGAUUUUGAUUUCGAUAUGUAUAGUAUCAUUCCAGACUUAAAUUAUAAUGUAGAAAUUCGAUAUAAAAAUACUGAAGAGAAGAUGACUAUAGAUGCGAAGCUUAAUGGUGCUUUACUGCAGGAUAAAGAAUUUGUUUUGAAGAUUAUGAGCAAUAAAUGGUAUAAUGUUCAGAGUCUUGACAUGUCCUGGUCAAGUUAUUGGCUCCAGGUUGUGGUUGAUAUUAACAGAUUGACAUUUAGAUCAACCAUUCAAUUAGAUCACGAAAUCUACAAACUAAGUUUAGAAUAUAAUACAGAUUUAAAAAGCAUUUACCUUCAAGCUCCGUUUACAUACUGUGAAAAUUUUUAUUUUCAAGUCCGCCUUAGAAAUGAUGUGACAUUUAUUUACCUGGAGAAUGCAUGGAGAGACUUGGCAAUUACUUUUACAUUUGAACUUGGUGAGGAUGAAUAUUUUGGCAAAGGUGUUCAACUCUCGUUAAGAACACCAUUUAAAGGCUAUGAAAAAUUUUCCUUUAUAACACCUCACUAUACAAGAGAUGUGAACCACCGCUUCUCUGUGAUGCUAGAAUAUCCCGGAUGUAAAGUGGGUCUUGAGGUAUUUAUGGACUAUAAAAAUUUAUUUGAUAGUGACCUUGAAUUUAGUCUUUAUCUUCCAUAUGAGAAAUAUGAAAUAAUAUCCUUAAGAUACCGGUUCCUCCGUAUAAGUAGAAUUAACAUAGGAGCUCGAGUUGGAAAAGUUGGCUUUAUGUUUUCAGUAAGAGAUAACUAUCUUCUUUAUAGGGCAGGAUUGGAAGUUAGAUUAGAGCUCAAUGAGUACAGUAUACAAUUACUGUUGAGAGAUUUUUCUGUGUCACACAAACUUAGAUCCUAUAUAAAUAUUGAUUUUGACGUAAAAGAAUUGAUAAAAUGUCGCUCAUUCCGUAUUGAAUGGCAGGUUAAAUCUAAUGAAAUGGUUUACCUUAUAGUUCAGAGCGACCAAGAGGAGCACCUCAAGGUCCACGCUGCCUGGGGGUCAGACAAAGUUUUUGCAAUUACUACCCCAAAAGUGUACCCAGGCUUCCUGACUAUUAAUUUACAGUCUACUGAAAUGCUGGAUGAUUUUCAUUUUAUGUUCAGUUUCCCAACAGUAAAUAAUACAUGGGAAACGUAUAGGAUUCACUUACAUGAAGAAGCACUGGAGGCAGGCCACCAUGCCUUUAUCUCUGUAGAGGGUUUUGAGAAGCAGUUUCAAGCUGAAGGAACAUUAUCAUUAAAUUCAUUUCACUUCAAUGAAAGUUUAAUGCUGGAAAUAAACAAGAAAAAAAUUGGUACUAAAAUUUUGUUGCAGAGAGAACCAGGGUUAUUUACCAGCAUAUACACAGGUGAUGUGUUCUUGGUGUUACCGUCUCAGAGCGUUCACUACAGCACAAACGCUUCUGCUGGCUUAAGAGACCUCUACAUUAUAUCCAGUUUCACUUGGAAUGAAUAUGAUCAUGACAUGCCACCACUCACUUUGAAAAUGAAUUAUAAUGACAAGUCCAUAUUUAGAAAUAUGGAGUAUUGCCUAAAAGCAGUUUUCAGCCACCCUGAUAUUAAGGACGUCAUCUUCCAGGGCAACAUUACUCAGUCUCCAAAUUCACCGUUACGUGGGUUAGCAGAACUUGUAGACAUAAAUGAUCACGAGAAGAACAUUGUGAUGAUGCUGGACGUGCAGCCUCCCACACACCACACACAAUACAACAUAUUGGUCAACAUUUCACAACCUUCUUCAAAGUUAGCUCUUAUCAUCAAUAGUCAGAUCACAGAGUCAGUUUUAACAAAAGCAAAUUAUACAUUCAAAUAUUGGAGCCCGAUCAGAGAAACUUGGGAAGACUUGAACAUCAUCACUGAUGUGAGCGCAACUGAGACUGGAUAUGAGUUUGCUGCUAACAUUCUCGCUUCUCAAGGAAAGUGGGGCUACAGAUACAAUGGAAACAUUAAUUCAACGUACAAUUCAGCUACAUUUAAUAUUCAAGGAAGCCAAGUAGAGUUUGGAGAGUUUUGGAAACUUGGAACAACUGUAAACAAAAAUGUACCUGAAUUGGUUAUCUAUCUAGAUAUUGGGCAACAAAAUCAAGAACCAUAUGAAGAACGGAGAGUGAGAAUUGGGUUCCAAAAUCCGUUAGAAUUUGGAGCAAUAUUGGACCAUCAGAGGUUUAAUGAGAGGACUCGAGACUGUGCUGUUGGCUUGAAGCUAGUGGCGCCAAACAUCCUCCAGUUCUUCUUGGACUUCGAUCCAUCACUAGACUACAAUGCUGACAACUUUUGGGCUCGUUUGACAUCACCUGCCUACAAAAUCGUGGAUGCUUGGGAGCGUGAAGUUGCUAUUCUAACAUCUGCCUCUCAUGAAAGGCUACUGCUGGAGGUCCCCAAAGUUAUUGACAUGCUAGUUAAUAAAGAAGCUAUUCUAUCAAUAUGGGCGAGAGAAACAAGUAACUUUGAGUACUUCACCAACGAACUCAACAGUGCAGUACGUGACAUUAACGAAGAUAUUGAGAGAUUCUGGACAGAGUCGCUGGAGCCGCUACUACAAGCCUCUCACCGCAUCACUACUGCCUUAUACAGCCAGUACUACAGAACACUGGUGAGUUGGGGUUUUCAUCUGAGCGUCGAGAUGACUCGCGCAGCCACAAUACUCCAUAAGAUCUGGGAAGAUGUACACGGCCAGAUAUCUCCAAUGUUCACUGAUGCGGCUUCAUGGGUUAUGGAUGAGAUGCAUGAGUUGUGGGAGAAGGUGAAGAGCCAUUUCAUAAAUGUGAUAAGCGAAUAUUUAAAGAUAAUGAUUGAACCUGUCCUGAACACCUUGAUGAGUGCCCUGGACGGCGUCACCGUCACAUUGCAAGGUUUACUCCAUAACACUGAGAGUAUUGUGACGCCUCAUCUCCACUCCCUGGUACAGGAAUUUAACCGAUAUAGACAAGAAAUAGGAACUGCUCUUCUGGAUCAAUGUUGGAGGCGCAUUUCAGCCAAGUUUGAGAAGAUGUCAACAAUGAAAGAGGAUAUGAGCAGCGUGUUAUCAGUGUUGUCACAGUUCCUGCAGACGGAUCAAUAUUAUCAUCGCUUCGUGAACGCAAGGGAUGAGUUUUGGGAAAGGCUUCAAAAUACAUGGAGCAUUCUUAAAGAUGGAAUGUCCCAGUUACAACAAGCAGUUCGGCACGGGUUGGAGCCAUGGACGUGGCCAUUAAUUAACUUUUAUAAUCAGAUGAAAGGAGCAAUAACAACUUCAGCCACACAGAUGACGACAGAAGAAGUGGUCCAAUUUAUAAAAUAUAAGAUGGACGAGUUACAGCUUAAGGUUACAUCAACAGCUGAAGAAACUCGUAAUACCUUGAAGGAAAACCUAGAAUCAUUCCAGAAAUGGUUAAGUAGCCACAGUGCCUUUAAGGAUGUUAUUGGAGGCAGUGUUUAUGAAAAAAUCAUGACAGCACUGGAGAAGUGGAACACGUCACAACGGAACAGUUUGGAUACACUUGACAAGUUCAUCUUCCUCCUUGCUGACUUUGUGCACCAGUUAUUGACUAACAACAACUACUUCCUGGACGAGCUGUAUGUGUAUAAACCAGAAAAAUAUGGCAAGAUCAGAUACAACCAGUACCUGCCAGUACCCUGGACCAGCUUCCUGGAGGCCCCACACUGGCAUUACCUUACAAAGGGUUCACAGAAUUCAACAGUGGUGGAAGCACAACACUUGUUAACGCCGGGAGUGAGUGAGGUGUCUAGAGGCUGGCAGACACUUGCUACGUAUGAGGUCCUCACUCGACCCGUCACAGCCACAGCCACAAUAGCAGGUCAACAUGUGACAACGUUUGACCUUCGCCACUACGAGUUCCUGGGUUCCUGCUCAUACCUGCUAACUAAGGACUUUGUGACUGACGACUUUGAGGUUGUUGGCAUAUACAAGGCCAAAGAUGGUGCUGCAAGUCUAGACGCCAUUGUUGUUCACGGCCAACGCAUAGAUGUCACCCUACACGUGGACGGCACCGUCGAGACCUCUCAAGCUGGAGCUCAGGUUCACAGUGAAAAUGGUUACUCUGCCUUGAAGAUGCCAGACCUGUUGGUGACCUGCAGCAGGCACUCCCAGGGAUGCUCUAUCACAGUUGGUGGGAAGUACUUCAACAGGUUGAGUGGUCUUUUAGGAAAUUACAACUACGAACCAUCAGACGACUCUCUGGGUCCAAGCGGAGAACGAGCCCUUGAUGUUGCUGAUCUGGCCAGGAUGUGGGCCGUGUCCCCGAAUCCUUGUUACCAGGCAAACCAGGCAAGACAGUUGGAUGACAUUAGUGAGGCAGAAGACUUGACGGAAUGCGCCCAGCUGUUCCUCCACAGCAGUAGUCCACUGAGUGACUGCUUCCAUGCUGUUGAUCCCCGACCUUACUUUACACACUGUAUUAAUGGCCAGAGUCACCCAGCAUUCAGUGAUAAUGACUUGAACUCUCCUUGUAGUGUUUUAUCUUCUUAUCGGACCCAGUGUUGGACCCAAGGAGUCCAGCUGCCAGAACCGGAGGUGUGCCUUCCUGAGGUCACUGGCAUGUGCAACGUCUCAGGGGAAGCAAGGCCUAGUGGAUGGUUGCACACAUAUCAGAAAGAAACUGAGGGAUCUGCAGAUAUUGCUAUUAUAGUAGAGCUGUCAGGAUGUCCUGAGGAAAUCAAUAUUACAAAACUAUUUAAAGCUCUUACUGACCAGCUGAAGAAGAGGGGAAUUCGUGACGUGCGGUACGUGGUGGUGGCCAUAACCGGAGAGACAGUAUCAUGGCCAAGGUUCAUGACGGAGAGAGAGGCGGUACUGAGUGUGAGCGCCGCCACGCCUCACGCUCCCACCAACGCUUCCCUUAACACUCAAGCUAUCGUCUCUACUGCUGAAAAUGUCGAGUAAGUU